UGUAUAUUGGCGCGCUUUUUGUUUUCAUUCGCGCACGAUUUGACAUUUUUAGGCUGUCUUUGUGCAAUUUUCUUGUGUUUAAUUAUUUUGAUUUAAUACAUUUUAGUAUUUUAUAAUCUUCGUUUAAAGUUUUAAGGAAUGCAAAGUGCAGCAGUGAAGACGCCCGCUACCAAUAAGCGGGAUGGCGGUGCUGCAAAAAAAUCCAGCGGUAAGAAGCUUGUGCAGGCACGGCUGCCGUUUAAAAUAAUUUCAUCCGCUACUACGCCGUCUGCGGGGUGCUCUGCAGCUUCCAAGGAGACAGAAACGGUGGCAAAGGAUGCUAGAAAACGCAGGUUGUCGUUUGAUUAUGAAGAAAAGUCUGAAUCGGCACAAGAUGAAUCUGAUGCGUUACGUGGUCGAUCGGCUAGUAAAGAAAACUUAACCAGCGCAAAGAAAAAGAAAAUAGAUGAAGAUAACGAUGUUGUAUUAUUGGAUGAUGAUGAUAUCUUGGAAGACGAAGAUGAAAAUAAGGCAAAAGAAAAGGGGGAUGAUCAAGAAUUAAUCAUAAAAAAGCAGGACAAAAACUUGGCUGUAGCUUCACCGAAUACCAUUAAAUCAAAGCCAUCAAAAAAAAAGAACGCAUCAAAUUCGCCACAUACACCCAAACCGAAAGAGAUCAAAGGUAAAGAGACCGGUACUCCAAAAAGUAUUAACGUGAAAAAGUCUAACACACCUGGAAGUGCGAAAAAUAAAUCUAGCGGGAGUAAAGCAAGUGGAAGCGCACCAAAAGUGCAAAUAAAAUUGCCACUUGGCAGUGGAAAGGCUAACAAGCGUAGGAAAUCGAAGAUGCCUGUAGAGUGCGUUGACGCAGAACUCGUUAUAUCCAGUGAUGAAAAUGAGUCCAAUUCAGUAAAACGACCAAAAGUAGAAGGCAAUUCUAAAGAGCUCGAACUCGUUGAAAAGGCUGAAGGGGUAAUCAAUUUGGAUUCGAAUAAAGUGUGCACUACCACUGUCGAAGAAGUAAGCAAUUCAGGAUCGGAAGUGAAUUCCAAUGUUUUAGUACUAGAAAUUGGCGGAAUCGAAACUGAUGUUCUUGACUCAGAAUUAGACAGCAGAUGUAGUUCUAUUACGAUUGCUUCAAAAAGGGGCGCAUCAGAUCAUGUAGUUCAAUCUCAAGAUGGAGAUAAUGUUGCCAAUAAACGUGAAGAAUCUAAUUCUUCGAAACCUGCGUCUGUACAAUCUAGCAAAGACAAAGUCCAGAGCCAUGAUUCAAAUAGUUCUACAGUAAAAAGUGAUAAGGAUGUAAUUUCGGGUUCCGCAACUAAGAUUGAACCUACGGCAACAGAAGGAAAACAAUCAAUAGAAAAGAUCACAUCGUCAACGGAAGAUUUCCAGGCAAAAGUUACCGAUAAAGAAUCCGCAGAUAUCUCUGUUGUUAUCGCGAGUUCUUCAGAUUCUGAAAAUUCGUCUACGGUCAAUGAGGAAUCAAAAUCGUAUGCUGAGGAAAGCGCUCAUAAAGUUCGAGGCACCCCAAAAAUAACUAAGGAAGAUUCAAAUACGGCGCUGAAGAAAAACCUAACACCUAAGCAAAUUAAAUUAAUGGAACAGCGGCGCAAAGCGCGUGAAGAAAAAGAGCGCCGGUUGCAAGAAGAAAGAACGCAAAAACAGCGCGAGAAAGAAGCCAAAGAGUUGGCAAAAAAACGAGAACGAGAAGAACGUGAGGAGCAGCGACGCAAAGAACGGGAAGAAAGGGAUGAUCAAAAGCGCAAAGAACGCGAAGAACGUGACGAACAGAAACGUAAAGAGCGAGAGGACAAGGAAAGGAAGCGUCUGGCAGAUCAGGAGGCCAAAAACGAAGAAAAGCGGAAGCGGAAUGAAGCAAAGGAAGAAGAGUUACGUAAAAAAGAAGAGGAGCGUAAACGCAAGGAAGGCGCAGAUUUGAAAGCCAAGAAGGAGGCGGAAGCUUUUCAAAAGUUCUUCAAAACAAAAUGCAUAUCAAAUGGAGAUGGUGAUGCAGGCCAGCAGCAGGCGUAUCAGGAUGAUGGUUGUGAUCCUGAAACACUCGCCUUUCGUCCAUUUGAAGUGAAAGGUGAUAUGAAGUUGGCACCUGUACGUCGCAAACAAUUAUCCCCAGAGCGAAAGCAGCAACUAGACUCAUGCGUUGAUGCGUGCAUGGACAGCUUGCCCAAAAGCCAAGAUUUGUACCUAGCGGAAUUGAAAAAUGGCAAAGUAAACCCUGGUAGAUGGAGACGCAUAUCAGUAGAUACGAAAGCAUCUGAUGACGACAUUCAAAUCAUAGAUGAUGAUCUUGAUCGUGCAGGAUUGGCAAUUGUUGAGGAAACACACGCUCCCAUUGAAACCUUUCGGGCCAAAUUUUAUAAAUUCCAUGAGAAUCGUAGACCACCCUAUUACGGUACUUGGAGGAAAAGAACGAGCGUUAUAAAGCCAAGGCGCCCAUUUGUACAAGAUACGAAACAUUUUGACUAUGAAGUCGACUCUGACCUUGAGUGGGAAGAAGAAGAGCCUGGCGAAUCCUUAGAUGGCAGUGAUGACGAAAAGGAGAAAGAGUCGGAGGACGAAGACUAUGAGGUUGAUAAUGAAUGGUUUGUUCCACAUGGCCAUCUCAGCGAAGAAGAGUUGCAAAAUGAAGAUGAGGUUCUCGAUGCAAAUACACGUGAGGCACAAAAGGCUAAACUGCGAGUGCUGCAACAAGAGUUUGCACAAGAGAUGAAAAAGAAAACGGAAAAAAUCAAGCCACGCCUUAUUGGCUGUAUUUGGAUAGAUGAAAACGGCAAUCAACCCGCGUUGUGUCCGAAAAUUAUCUGGGAUACCUUAAACAUCCGUGCAAUGUUAUGCGAACGUCCACCACUACUGGAAGAUCCUGAAGUACCCGAAAAGAGUGAACUUGGUUCUCCAACAUCCAACGGAAACGAGAAAACGGUUGAAAAGGUGAAACCCAUCAAAUUAACCGAUCGAAUGCUGAAGGACUUAGUGUGCCUAGUACACGGCAAUCAACAUUCCAAAAACUUCCUAAUAAAAGAAUUUAUAGCGUUCUUGGAAGCCAAUGAGGAAUCUAUAAAGAACGGAGAAGUUCGGGGACCCAUCAAAUCGAUAGUACGAGAAAAAAUUGACGAUUUUGCAGAAUGGACAAUUACAGAUUCGGUAAAGGUUUUACAAAAUAAUAAGAAGAAAAAUAAAAAACGUUUGUGCUGGGUUGUAUCUGCCGAUGUAUUAAAAAAGAUGGAUUUGGAAAAUCUGGGUUUACGUAACACUUGGAAGUACACAUUGCAACCAAGAGUCGGAACGGAUGAAAGUACACGGGCUGAGAUUGAAGUUGAAAAAGAAGCAACUGCAAAAGAAACGACAGAAGUAGUUGGUAAUGAGGAAAAGGAAGGAGAGAUCGAAGUAGAGUCCAAAACAAAAAAAGGAAAAAAUAAAUCGGCCGGCCAUCCUAAAAAGGAGAAAAAGGUAAGAAGUAAUCUUGAAAUAACUCAGUUCACAAAAGUUCUAACAGCGAAGACGGAUACGCUUAAAUCUCCUAAAACUGUAAAAACGGCACAGACAACAAUAGAUUUAAAAACAACUUCUGAUGAAAGCAAACCAAUAGCGGAAAUAACCACAACAACAACUCCUUCACCAGCAGAAGCAACAACAAAGGUUAAAAAGCGGGUGCCUCUUCUAAUGUCUGUGGCGCGUGGACAACAAAUAUCACAACCAACAAAAAAUGCUCUCAUCAGCGAAUUUCUACAGAAGUCCUCUGCGGAAAAAGAAGCGAGUUCUAGUAAGAAUGCCAGCGCUGCUCCAAACCCCGUUUCUAAAGGAGUCGUCGAAGUGAUCGAACUCGACUAAUCUACUUGUAGUGUUUAAUUUAGUUUUAUUUUUUAUCGUAGUACUCUCAUACAUCAACUAUCCCCUUAGUUUACCACAUUCUACUUGCAUACGUAAACAAUAUACAUAUUCAAACGCGCGAAUAGUUGGUAUGGUCAAUGCAUUUAGUUAAGUAUUUAAUAUCCAACUGCAGACAUGGACAGAAUAUAUCCAAGCAAAUGUUCUCAAUCAAAUACUUACCCCGGAAAAUAUAGUUGUUGUAACAGCAUACUGAUUCCCCGAAGAACAUUUGUGGAAAGAUGCUGAAAAGUGACAGUCCUUGGCCAGAUAUGAAUCUGGGUCGUUCCGUUUACGUAGACCCGACUGUCGUAGGAACGAGGUUUCGGGAAUGAAGCUGAACUGACAGUCCUCGAACAGAUAUGAAUCUGGGCCGCUCAGGUUACGUAGACCCGACUGUCGUGGGACGAUCUGUUUAAAUUGGUUAGUUUACUAAAUUACUAUAAACUAUUGUUAGUUCCAUAUAUUCUUAUAUAGACAUGGUCAGAAAGAGUUAAAAGUUGUAUUUCGUUUAUGCGUUAAUGUAAAAUACAUAUACUUACUUAUAUGAUUAACGAGUUAAUAAGAAAUUAAAUUUACAGAAAAUGCAGAAAUUACUUACAAAAAUCAGUCUUUCACUCAUAUAGACGCAUUAUUCAUUUUAACCUAAUCAUUCAAUAUCUGAUGUAAGCAUUUUGCUCUCAAAUCGUCGAAACCAUUUCCAUUUCAUUAGGCGUGUAUGAAUCCACAAACCUCCGAAGUACAGAGUAAAUCGAUUCUUCCCUUCAAUACCGUUUUCCUCUGCUUUAGCGACAGCGAUAUCUGUAAAUAAUAUGUCAGCGGCGAGCACCGAAUGCAACAAAUGAACAACUCCGGUGACAAUGGCAGAUAUGGCUUGAAACUUGGAGUAAUUAAAAAGCGAGUGCGUAGUCUCAUCCUCGAUUAUCUCUAGGUCGGACAAGUAAAUUAAAUAUAAAUCCUUUUCGGCGUGAUACAUGGUUAGUAUUGAUGCAAGAAUGUAGCCAAAGCAAGCGAAACCGUUCCAAAUCACUUCCCGUAUAAACGAUGGAUCGUUUUCCAUGCAAAGAUUUAAGCAACCAAAAAAACUGAUGCAUGUGGAUACCGAAAAGAGGGUAAUGUAAAGAUAUAAAUCCUGCGAGACUGCCACAUUUAGAAAUCCUUCGAUUUGUGUUCCCAUGCAGAGGCAGCCUAAACAGCCCUCAAUCAGCUUAAAGCAAAACCAGACGACACGCAUUGUUGGCGCUAGUCUUUUUUCAAAGGAAUUGAAUUUGCGUACAAUAAAUUAUUUUUUCAUAGAAAAAAAUAGCCUUUUGUAUGACUUAAAAUUACACAUGAAAAAUUAUGGUUCAAUAAAAAAAAAAUAUUUGGCCCUCGUGUUUGUCGAGCUUUUCCUCCAGUUUGUGGUGCGAUUCCUAACGGCAAAUUUUGUUUAUGCUUAUCUUUCCUGCUAGUAAUAUCUGAGGUUUGCCAUUGCCUAUCGAAGGCGACCGCUGCAAUAAAAAACUUCAAUCAUGAUACAAAAAAAAAUAUUUAUUCAUAAAUUUAUAUCUGAAAAUUUUAAAUCUUUAUUUUAAACUUACGUUUAAUUGGUUGACCUCACGUGUGUGUUAAAAUUUUUCGCUUUGGGUUAAUCGUUUGGACACAUUAGCCCAAAAUUAUUGUACAAAUAACCUAGGCGUAUCCAACAAAAUACCUUUGCUUAUUCAAAUUUCGAUUCUUAGAGCAAAAUGUUUGUAAAUAAACAAAAAAAUUAAUAACAAAAUUUGGAGCAUUUUAGAUAUUGGAUACGGUAGCACGA